AUUCAAGAACAGCACAAACUUCACGAAUCUCGACCAGACGUCGCAACACACACAUCGCCACUCCCAAUCUCCCGCACUUCCUACAUCAACCGCCAUCAUGGCCGUAGGAAAGAACAAGAGAUUGUCCAAGGGCAAGAAGGGCUUGAAGAAGAAGGUCGACCCCUUCACCCGGAAGGAUUGGUACAACAUCAAGGCGCCCUCCACCUUCAACAUUCGCGAUGUCGGCAAGACGCUUGUGAACCGCACAACCGGUAUGAAGAACGCCAACGACGCCCUCAAAGGCCGCAUCCUCGAAGUCUCCCUCGCCGAUCUCCAAAAAGACGAAGACCACGCCUUCCGCAAGAUCAAGCUGCGAGUCGACGAGGUGCAGGGCAAGAACUGCCUGACCAACUUCCACGGCCUCGACUUCACCUCCGACAAACUCCGCUCGCUGGUGCGCAAGUGGCAGACGCUAAUUGAGGCCAACGUGGUCGUCAAGACCACCGACGAUUACCUCCUCCGCCUCUUCGCCAUUGGCUUCACCAAGAAGCGGCCCAACCAGAUCAAGAAGACCACCUACGCCGCGAGCAGUCAGAUUCGGGCGAUCCGGAAGAAGAUGGUGGAGAUUAUGCAGCGCGAGGCACAGAGCUGCAACUUGGCCCAGCUCACCACCAAGUUGAUCCCGGAGGUGAUUGGACGGGAGAUUGAGAAGAGCACGCAGGGAAUCUACCCUCUUCAGAACGUCCACGUCCGCAAAGUCAAGCUCCUCAAGUCACCCAAGUUCGAUCUCGGCACCCUUCUCUCGCUGCACGGCGAGUCAUCGACGGAUGACGCGGGCCAGAAGGUGGAGAACAAGGAGUUCAAGGAGACGGUGUUGGAGACGGUGUAGAGACGUAGACUGGGCAUGAGGAUGGAGGAAUGAGUCGUGCUAGCUACGAAACAUCACGGCGUUUCCACAAGGGCUUUUUUCCGAUAGUCGUUUCGAAAACUGCCGUUGCCGCGAUUCGCAAAGAGUCGUGGCUUCAAUUCAAAGUAUUCUAAAAUGCCUGCUCUUGCCCUUCGACUCGCCGUGAUCAUGUACUGCCGUGACGCUUCCGGUGCCACCACUAUGGAUUGGCGCAUACGCUCGCCAAAGCAAUGUAUACCGUAUGUCACGCGCCUAAAGUGAUGUUCGUGCAAAGUCGUGUCAAGUACAUCAGUUCAUAUCACCCUCCA